AUGACUACUUCCGUCCAAAUACCCCUCUUCGCAGCUGCCCAACGGAAACUAUUACAAAAGGAACACGAAGCCGAGAAACUGUCCUCUGCGCUCGCGACUAGCUCAACAAACACUGUAUCCCCCUCGACUCGGCGUACCUUACAAGCGACCGGAUAUGCAUUGACUGGACUCGUACUGGAGCAAUGGCGAACGGGCAUGGGUGGGAGGAUAGUCGGUGAAUUCGGGGCGGACGCCGCAUUUGCUACCGAAUCGACAGAGGACACUGACGGAAGAGCGCGAUUUGGAGCACAUGGUAUCAGAGUUGGAGAUGUUGUUCGCGUACUCGAGAUAUCCGCUGGAAGGAAGUCUGGUAGAGAAGGCAAGGAAGCUGAAGGAAAUAAAGCGAAUGGAGCAGAAGGCGUGGUGAUUAAGGCAUCUGACAAAGCGUUGUCGGUGGCCUUUGGCCAAACUGGUGGUGGAGCGAAUGCGAGGGCAGAGGAAGCCGUUGAUGAUCUGUGGGGAAAGAAACUCUGGUUAGUCAAACUAGCGAACGAUGUCACGCAUAGAAGACUGAACCAGACAAUGGAGAAGAUGGAGAAGAUGCCCGAGUCGGAACAUACGUAUUUCAUGCGAGUUCUUUUCGGCCAUACAACACCAUCCUCGCCCGAUUACGACGCAAUCGGCGCUAUAGAAUUCAUUGACCCGACCCUAAACCAUUCACAGAAGGAAGCUAUUCGAUUCGCGCUUGCAUCAAAAGAGAUUGCGUUAAUACAUGGCCCUCCCGGAACUGGAAAGACGCAUACAUUGAUUGAACUUAUUUUACAAAUGAUUCGUCGGAACAUGCGGAUUCUCGUUUGCGGACCUUCCAAUGUCUCUGUCGACAAUAUCGUUGAGCGGCUUGCACCUCACAGAGUGCCUAUCGUAAGAGUAGGACACCCGGCUCGACUUUUAUCCUCGGUACUAGAUCACUCGCUGGAAGUACUUACUCAAACAUCGGAAGCAGCCGAGAUUGUGCGGGAUGUACGAAAGGAAAUUGAUGAAAAACAAGCCAGUAUUCGCAAGACAAGGAAUGGACGGGAAAGAAGAGAAAUAUAUGGAGAUUUGAAAGAGUUACGAAAAGAGUUCCGAGAAAGGGAAUCGAAGUGUGUUGAGGAUCUCGUGACAGGGAGUAAAGUGGUUCUAGCUACGCUGCAUGGUGCUGGCGGCCAUCGACUCAAAAACCAGAAAUUCGACGUCGUCAUUAUCGACGAAGCCAGUCAGGCAUUGGAAGCACAGUGCUGGAUCCCACUAUUGACAGCGUCGCGGGCAGUACUUGCAGGCGACCAUUUACAGUUACCACCAACAAUAAAAUCGUCAAACAUAGACAGCUCGAAGAAAACGAGCAAGACAAAAGUAAAGGAAGCAGAGAAAAGCUCUUCACUAGAUUCACUCCAAGGUGUUUCCCUUGGGCAAACCAUGUUUGACCGAUUACUUGCUCUUCAUGGACCAUCUAUCAAGCGCAUGCUUACCACGCAAUACCGGAUGCACGAGAAGAUUAUGCAAUUCCCGUCCAACGAGAUGUACGAAGGGAAACUCAUUGCAGCAGACUCGGUUAAAGAUCGUUUAUUAAAAGAUCUCCCCUACGGCGUCGAAGAUACCGACGAUACAAAAGAACCUCUAGUCUUCAUAGACACGCAAGGAGGCGACUUCCCAGAGAAAGCCGAAGAUGAAGAUGCGACGAUAAAAGGAGGCCUGCUCAGCGAGAGUAAAAGCAACGAAAUGGAGGCCAGAGUAGCUAUUCGACACGUCGAAGGCUUGAUUGAUGCAGGUGUUCGGCCUGAAGAUAUCGCAGUUAUCACCCCGUACAAUGCACAGGUUGCGCUAAUUGCGCAAUGCUUGAGGGAGAAGUAUCCUGGUAUAGAAAUUGGGAGUGUGGAUGGUUUUCAAGGACGUGAAAAAGAGGCCAUUGUUGUUAGCUUGGUACGCAGUAAUGAGAAACACGAAGUGGGCUUUUUGGGCGAGAAGCGAAGACUAAAUGUCGCCAUGACACGCCCUAAGAGACAUCUUUGUGUUUGCGGGGACUCCGAGACCAUUAGCAAGGGUAGUAAAUUCUUGAAGAACUGGAUUGGGUUCCUGGAGGAACAUGCGGACCUGCAAUAUCCCGAUGUAAGCGAGCUGUUUUAGUGUGUCUGUAAUAUAUAUCUUCCUACUCAUGUCAUCGUUAUACAUGAGCCAUCGAGAAGUUGAUGCUACGACAAGAGGCUACGACAAGAGGCUACGACGACGCUCGGUAGCAGCACUGCCUAGUCGAGAUCUAGUUUUGAAUAUUUAUGGGCACACAUACAGUUCAGACAAGUAAUAGAGCCGAUUUCAGAGCCGACGCACUGGUGAUUGUAAAUAUGUGAAAAA